AUGUCGCAGGAGAGCUCAGACUCCCUCUCGUUGACUCCCGGGAAGGCGCUCGGAAAGCGGAAGUCUACUCCCAGCAGUCGCUACGGAGAAGGCUCACCUCAUCUCGACUCCGAGGGGUGGGCAGGUGGCAGGGCUGCUUCGGCUGGCGGCAGUGGUCGCAUGUCCAACCCUAUAGCCUUGGAUAUGUCGGGCAGUGGCUUGGACGUAUCAGGAAGCAGCAGCGUGCUUCUGGAGGGGGUGGUCGCGGGAGCGCACGAGGGAGAAGAUGAGGUAGGCGAAGGUGAUGAGGAGGAGGCAGGUGAAGAGAGCUCCGACUCGGGCGACAGCACCCGGGGCAAGGCCAAGAGCGGCAAAGAGCGGGCCACUGAUCAGGGUGUAAAUCCCUUCACGAUCCAACGAGCCAUGGCGAGGCCAGGGGAAUGGGAAUGCUGCUUUCUAGCCGUCGGGAAACACACUCCGUGGGGGGAGCGUAGUGACGCACUGCGGCCUGGAAAGUGGCUUCGGGUGGUGGACACGUUCAUAGAGGCCCAGACGCUGACCACAUUCAGGAAUGGGGUGCGGCAAGACCUGCACCUGGACUACCAGCGCAAUCGUGAGGAGGNCCCCCCCUUCUCCCACCCGCUCCCAUUGGUGCACGCCCCGAAACUCCAGGAUCCCGUGGACAAGGCAAAGCUGGCGGACACUAUCGAGAGAGGAUGGAACCGCAGGAGAAACGCUAUCGAAAAGGAAGAGAGGGGUGCCGCGAAGCUGACCGGAGAAGGGACAAUGACUCAGGAGGAGGAGAGCGAGCUGUACGCGAGGGACUCGGAGGUGCGCGGAUGGACAGGNAUCAAGCUACAACAAGCUGCAAAGGAGCAGGCGAUGGCGGGGGACGUCGCCGCGAAGGAGCAAGUAGCGGCCGCCAAGGCCGAACGUGACCGCGCUGCCUACGGCGGAGCGGAACAGAUGAUAUGCGAGANAUUGUGGUACAAUGGUUGGAAGCGAAAGCACGCGUUGAAGUAUCAAGCGAUCGACACCCCCGAUGGGAUAAUUCGCAUGCUUUGGGGUCCCAUACUCGGGCGUUGCCACGAUGUCGCCAUGGUAGCGGAAAGUGGUCUGCUGCAAGAUCUGCAGCAGUGGUUCAACGACACAGCAGGCACCCCUUACUACGUAUUCGACGACCCUGCGUACAGCCUUUCGCCCUGGUUGCUGGCGCCGUACAAGGGGAGUCUCGGUUGA